UGGGAUCCGGGGAGACUCUUAACCCCAAGCACGCGCGCGCAUGUCGCAUGCUUGAAUCUGACAGCUCUCUAAAUUUCUCCAACCUUGGCUCUGACAACCAUUGCCGUUUCAAACCCCAAACGAGGGAUCUAGUUAAAGGUCAUAGAAGGCCCCAUCUGUGAUCAUUAUGGUUUCAGCACCUACGCCUGCACAAUUGCUAAAGGAGUCGAUCAUCUUCUAUAGCAUAGCGGUGAUUAUAUUUGGGGGACGAAUUUGGUCUAGAAUCAUAAGCACCGGCUCGAUAAAACGCCUCAAAAUUGACGACUAUGUCAUGAUUGUGACUUUUUGCUUUUAUACGGCGCUUCUAGUCCUCCUACAAAUCGCUGCGAGAUAUGCUACCAAUUUGAUCGAUCCCGCAGACAUUCCAAAGGUGCUGGCAAAUCCCAAGGAUGUCGCCGAUCGAAUUUUUGGCAGUAAAAUCGACAUUGGCGUCGAACAGUGUAUGCUCGUGACGUUAUGGGGUGUCAAGGCUUCCAUUCUUGCUCUUUAUCACAAAUUAACGAUCGGUCUUAGGCAGAAUCUCUUCGUCAAAAUCCUUGCAGGAUAUGUCGCAUUUGGAUUCGUCUUUAUCGAAAUCACAUUCUUCUUUGUCUACUGUCGCCCUUUUUCCGAUUAUUGGGCAGUCCCGCCAAGAGAUUACCAAUGCGCCAAUUACUUCAAAUAUUGCGUUACCCAGACAGUAUUCAACAUCUCAUCAGACGCUUUAAUGCUGGCUAUCCCAAUCCCUCUGAUCGUGAAGACUCAGCUUCCUCCAUUGAAAAAAGGAAUCCUGCUGGCUGUCUUUUCUCUCGGCAUCUUCGUCAUAGUAGCUGCAAUUCUAAACAAAUACUAUAAUUUCUCGUUCCCCACGAUCCCGGUUUACAUGGUCUGGCACAUUCGCGAAUCGUCAACAUCCAUAUACGUUUCAAAUCUCAUGUGCUGGUGGCCGCUACUGCGCAUGCUCUUUGGUCUACGGUCGUUUUCGGGACGCCACACCAGUGCCUCUGGAAGCAAAAUGGAGGCAUCGCAUCUAGCUAGUUUUGAUGGCAAUCGACGUCGAGCUGGGGUGUUGAACCCUUUCAAGCGUGGCCAACGGUGCCGAUCAUUAACGUCAAUUUCCGGCAUCACUUCAGUCAGCCAGGAAGCCAUUUAUAAUCCAUCUCAUAACUACAAUGAUGAGAAUCGAGAUGACCCGCGGAUAAAACCGCGGCGCGGCUCUGAUGACGCAAAGGCAAUUGGAUUCGAUAUUGAGCGCGGCGGGAAAUCCCACGUUGAGCAUGGUUCUCCAACAAAGGACAAAGGGUCUGUCACCACUAAUCCCUUGCCGUGAAGGAGCCCGGCUUUCUUUAUUACUUUUCGUUUUUAUAAUGGUGGAAAUUCGUGGGCGAUACCCUGGUUCAUUUACUUGUUUGUUGUCAUGUUUCUCAUCUUUAUUUUGACCUCUAGCGUCGGCUAUGCUCAAUUCUAAAUACACUAUAAUCAUAGAGGAUUAUAUCACUUAUAUCCUGGCCCUGGGGUUAUUUGCAAGCUUCUGCUUCUCCGCUUCGAGAAGCUCUUGCUUGCUUAGAACGCGAGCGCCAGCAUAACCCUCCAUCAAUUUGUUCACAAAAGGCUGGUUGGGCGCCAGCGCCCUCCAUUUCCAAUGCUUAAUGAGCGCCCGGUCCAGGCCCUUUCCUUCGACC